AUGGCGGAGUACGAUGAGGCCGGGCACACCAUGAGGCCGUCGAGGGUGUUGUCGUCGGUUUUCCAGUCCAUGGCCGAAGAAGACCCUGCCGCGUCGAGAACUUUCUACUCAACCUCCUCUCCCAGUGCCACGUCUGUCCCCCGUUCGACGUCCGCAUCGGCUUGUGCGGCUGCUGCUGCUUUUGCGGCUGCCUCCGCUUCUGCGGCUGCCUCCGCCUCUGGCAUUGGGGUGUCUCGCUCGGUUACUACCGGCACCACUUCACCACCCCCUAUGUCGGCCACAGUCAACCCCACUGCCGCUAGCGGACACGGAGGCGUUGACCAGGCUAGGAACAUUGAGGCCGGGGUGGACAACGUUGUUAACAAGGCGAUCGACGAAGCGGAGGAGAGGAAGGCCGGCAGCAUUGUGGACACGAAGAAUGAGAUCGACGAUAACGGUGGAGCGGCGGUAAUGAUGGUUUCUGUCAUUGGUCAAGACGAGGAGGUUGAGGUGGCGUCCUUCAUGCCCCGAUCAUUCCGCCGCAGCGACGACAACGCCAUGCGGAAGUGGGAGGCAAGAGACGUCGCGAUGAAGGCCAUCGAUGCCGAGAUUGGCGGUGGCACGUUCGGUGAGCAACGAAAAAAACAACACCGCAUGGGCUCAGCGAGCGAUGCACAGCUCGAACAGCUGCAGCACAGCCGAACCGUCUCCAGGGUUAUAUUUGGUCAGACCAGCAUCGGCAUGCCUGUGGCCAUCAAGGUCAUCAACAGGGACAGCGACGCCUUUGGAAGCCAGGCAAGAGCGGUGGACAAGUACAUCGAUCGCGAGAUCCAGACCCUGACCAUGGCCGCACACCACCCGAACGUGGUGGACAUCCUCGGCACCCUUAAGACUCCUAGCACCACCUUCAUUAUCAUGCCCCUUCUGCACUCGGACGUCGCGGCUCUCCUGAAGGAGAGGCCCCUGCAGGAGAAGGAGGCCGUGACGAUCUCCGUCCAGAUGUUCUCCGCAAUCGAGCACGUACACAGCAAGGGCAUUCUGCACCGAGACCUGAAGCCGGCCAACUUGCUGGUCACUAACGACAUGCAAGUUCGCCUCGCUGACUUCGGGUUCUCGAAGAUGCUGGCGGAGGGAGAGACCACCAUGACCGGGCUAUGUGGUACCAAGGUGAACAAAUUGCCUUACGGGAUUGAGGCCGACAUGUGGGCUGCCGGCGUGGUGGUGUCCGAGCUUCUCAUGGGGGCCACGGUCUUCUGGUGGUUGUGUCUCUAUUCUAGUGUAAACAUGCGUAGAACCGCCUACAAAGCCAGGCGCAGAGGGUCGGGACCAGUGUGCCCGAAACGAUACGGAUUGUACGGGGGGUGCACUAUGCUGUUUUUCCGUCGACUAGAAGAUAACCCCUACUUUUGUACAGCUUCUGAGCCCCCCGCCUCCCGCUUUCCCCCCACGCUUCUUGCGGAGUUCAGCCCGGACCCCAGCAUCGACCUGGGACCGAUCUCUAAGGACAUCUCGAGCCUCGAGGAGGGGGGGGACAUCCGAAUGAGGCUUGACCCGUACGAUGAGUUGGAGAGGGAGAACAUCCGAGCUGGGGUCUUCAAGGUGGACUCUGAGCGCGUCGGAGCGGUGGGAGAGGACUUCUUGAGGAAGGUGAACGGGAUCGAGAAAGCGCGUUGUUAUGGACAACGCGGAGGGUGCCGAAACGACACCGCCUAUCUUCCCUAUUUCCUGGCCACGCUUUAUGUACCCCCACAGCUAAUCGUCCUCGACCCGGCGGAGAGGAUGUCCGCACGACAGGCGGGAGAGCACCCGUGGCUCGGAGACGAGGGCGCAGUGAUGCUCAAGAGGGCUGAAGUGGAGGCGGUUUUGAAGGAAGCGCAAGAGACAGAGCAGGCUGAGAAGAACGAGAGGAUGAAGUUUCUCAGAAGCAAGAGGCGACGCCGGGUGCCAAAGGUGGCGAGAGUGGCGAGGGGUCUGGCUCCCGUUGCGGAGGGAGCACUGCAGCCGACUUCGAGCACCGCGGGCGCCGUGUCCAUGCUCACCUCGGCAAGCAUGGGAGCAGCGACUGCGGUCGGGUGUGGUGCAAGCGCAGAUCGGCCAGGAGCUGUGAGGGUGAUGACGCUCAGCAUCAACUUUUCCACGGUCCCGGGUGAAUUGUUCCGCGCUUGUACUAGCCGGCGAAGUGCCGCAAUGCCAGUUGUCUAGGACCGCGGCCUGGGUUCGAACAACUACUUAUUGUGGUGGUGAGACUUGUUCUGUGACUUCUUCGUUGGGGCAAAGACGGAGGCAUCUUGAAGGACUCAUCGCGAAGGCCCUGAGGUGUGCCGGUUGGUACUGAAGCGGCGUAGCCAUGCGGGCUGACAACCCGCCUAUGCUGUUCUGCUGCUGGUCCAUUUGUGGUUACUUGCGUCCCGGUCGUGUCGCUCGCUCAUGGUGAAAACAUGCAAGUGCUCUGCGACACACUG